CCGACCAACCAACCAACCCGCUACGCGCACCUCAUCGCUUCGCCAAGCUAGUUGCGCGCUCGGCGCUCGCUCGCGCUCCCCCCCCCCCCCCCCCCCAACCGUGCAGAGGGGAGGGAGGAGCUGCUCCGAUGUGGGCGCUUGGCUCGCCAGGGAGGCUGCCGGCGAUGGAGGAGCGCGGCGAGGAGGACGCGGGCCCGUACAGCCACCGGGCGCGCGGGGCGAUGGCCUCCUGCUGGGGCCGCUUCGGCGUCGCCGCGCUGUGGCGGAGGCUGCGGCAGCACCUCAGCCUGGCGCGCCGCAGGCGGCGGCUCGGCGGCCGCUCCUCCAUCCUCGGCGCCGGCGGCCUCAACUACGACCCGCUCAGCUACGCGCAGAACUUCGACGAUGGCUGCCUCGAGGAGCGGGAGCCGGACUUCAGCGCCAGGUUUGCGCCCGCGCGGCACGCCGCCGCCGGCUCGCCGAGGCCGGCCGUGGCCGCGGAUCGGGACGUCGCCGCCGCUUGACGCCGCCCGGGUCCGCUCCUGCCGCCGUGGAUACGGAUCGGAGCUUUUACCGCUGCUCGUGCGCCUAGGCGAGUGGCAGACAGCAGACUGGUUCAAGCAAGCCUUCAGUUGAAUGUACACACACGAUACAUACAUGUCGCAGGCUCGCAUGGCUGGAUGUUAGUAGAUUCGAUAUAGCUAAUCAAGCUGUCCCAUAAAAAAAAAGUUCAUCUCAUCAGAGAAAAAAAAAAUCUUGCCACUUUGCUGGUUUUUUCAGCAUUCUUGCUGGUUUGCUGGUUCUGCAGCGUUCUUGCAGAAUUGCAGGGAUUCUUGAAGUUUUUCUUUUGCUCGUGUUUAUGUCCACUUGGGAUCCAAGCUUCGGCGCAUCAAUUCACUGUUCUGAAGCCUA